AUGGCUCCUGCGCGACAGCCCGCGCCCCAGUACAGCAAGGAUGAAAAGGUUCUCUGCUUCCACAUGGACAUGCUCUACGAGGCCAAGGUCACCGAUGUGAUGUCGAGCCACAACGUCUUCAAGUACAAGGUGCACUACAAGGGCUGGAAGAACACCUGGGACGACUGGGUCGUCGCCGACCGCAUCCGCCCCUUUGACGACGAGCACAAGGAGCUCGCCGCCCAGCUGCACGCCCAGCUGCGUCAGAGCAUGAAGAACGCCAAGCAGCCCGCGGGGGCCAAGAAGAUGAUGCGCGGCGGUGGAGGGCCCGAGUCGUCGGGUCGCGGCAGCGAGGAGAGGGGAAGCUCGGCCGCGGCCAUGGGCGGCGGAGGGCGCGCGGGCGGCGGCCGUCGCGGCAAGGACUGGGAGCUCGAGACGGAGGACGCCUUUCAUAUCAAGCCCAUGAUCAACAUUCCCGUGCCGGACCACAUCCAGGCCAUGCUCGUCGACGACUGGGAGAACAUCACCAAGAACAACCAGCUCGUGCCGCUGCCGCACCCCAAGCCCGUCACCAAGAUCUUUGCUGAGUACCUCGCGUUUGAGCGGCCGCAUCGCGAAGAGGGCUCCGCGAGCAUGGAUAUCCUGGCCGAGGUCAUUGCCGGCUUCCGCGAGUACUUUGAGAAGUCGCUGAGUAGGAUACUGCUGUACCGCUUCGAGCGUCAUCAAUAUAUGGAUAUCCGCAAGCUGUGGGACAACCCCGAAGAAAACGCAGAGUACAAGACUGUCUGCGACGUGUACGGGGCCGAGCAUCUCGCUCGUCUUAUCGUCUCACUCCCCGAACUUCUCGCACAGACCAACAUGGACCAGCAGUCCGUCUCCCGCCUGCGCGAGGAAAUCGGCAAGUUCACCGUGUGGCUCGGCCGCAACUGCGAACACUACUUUGUCAACGAGUACGAGACGCCGUCGCAAGAGUACAUUGACAAGGCCCGCAGCUUCUAA